AUGUCUGCCACACCUCCUCCCCUCCCCAGCAGCAGCAAGCGCGACCUCGAAUGCAGCAGCAGUAACAGCAGCAGCAGCAGCAGCAGCAGCAGCACAUGCGUCUGCGGAGUUUGCUGCUGGGCCGAAGGGCCCACAGCCUGCGGGCCUUUCCUGCAGAUGCGGCUGAGCUCCUGCAGCGCAGCAGCAGCAGCCCGCCGACUGCACCUGAUGCUGCCAGCUCUGUGGCGGCGGCAGCAGCAAUUGGCGAAGGACCCACAGCUGCAGCAGCAACAGCAGCAGCAGCAGCAGCAGCAGCAGGAACAGCAGCAUCAAGAGCAGCAGUUCCAACAGGAAGAGCAGAAGCUGGAAGUGGAAGAGUUUAGAGCGACUGUUCUGGCAGUGUGCGAGCGCCUGGCUGCAGCAAGCGAGAGGGUUCGCAACGCGUCCGCCUACAGCGAGGCUUUCGCGCUGCUGCGGGCCGUAGCCCCUCCCAAGAUUUCAGCAGCAGCAGCAGCGCAGCAGCAGCAGCAGCAGCAAGAGGAGGAGGAGCAGCAGCAGGAGCAGCAGCAGGAACAGGGAGGCGUUUUAGACAAUCGGCCGCCUUCGCCGCAGAGCAGCAGCAGCAGGUGCGUUGAAGCGGCAGCGCCACUGCAGGAACUCAGCAGCAGCAGCGACGGCAGCAGCAGCGGCAGCAGCAGCAGCGACAGCAGCAGCAGCAGCAACAGCAGCAGUGGCAAUAGAUGCAAAGGAGAGUGGUGGUUCGGCGUCUUGUUUCUAAGAGAAGUGCCACACGAGCACUGGGCUCGCACUAGACAAGAGCAGCAGCAGCAGCAGCAGCAGCUGCUGCUGCAGCUGCAACGAUCGCAGCAGCAGCUGCAGCCUCACCAGCAGCGCUUUUCUGCUGCAACAACUUGCCAAAGAGUCAUUUCGGUGCUGCGAGGGGCCUCAGCAGCCAUGGACUUAGGGGAUUACCAGACUUACGGCGAUACCCGCUGCCCUUCCGGCAGCUGCCACAUGUGGGCAGCAGCAGCAGCAGCAGCAGCAGCAGAAGCAGUAGCAGCAGAAGCAGUAGUAGCAGUUGCUGCAGCAGCAGCAACUAGAAUAGAAGGAGCAGUCUCAGCAUUUUCUUUCCUUCCAAAAAUUAGCCUGUAUAUGCACUGCGCCGCUCUGCUGCUCGCUGGCCCCCAAGCAACAGCAGUUCCGCUGCAGGCUGGAGAGGCAGCAGCAAACGCAGCAGCAGCAGCAGCAGCAGCAGCAGCAGCAGCGCCGCUUCUCUCAGUAUCAGAAGAGGCGCUUCUGGAGGACUUGCGGAAUCUUGGGAGGUCGCCUGCUGCUGCAGCCGCUGCAGCGUCUUCUGCUGCUGCUACUGCUGCUGCUGCAGCUGCUAUUGCUCCUGCAGCACGAAAGAAGGGGAAGCCAGCGGCACUUGGUGACCCUGAAGCAGCUGCACUGAGGGGAGCGCUGGCGCUGCGCACUCUGAACUUUGCUGAGGCUGCUUGGUGCUGCGUCGGGGCUUUGCAUGCGUUGGCAGCAGCAGAUCUGAGGCAGCAGCAGCGGCAGCAGCCCUCAGCGCACUUGCACGCCUUUCGGGCCAGCAACAUCAGCAGCAGCAACAGCAGCGGCAGCAGCAACAGCAGCAGCGACGGCAGCAGCAGACGACGAGUCUUUUCCUCCACGGACUUGGCUAUAUAUGGAGCCAUCGCUCUGCUUGCUUCGACUGAGAACGCCCUGCAGGCAGAAGGGCUGCAGCUGCUGCCUGCUCUGCGAACUUUGGGGCUGCAUGCGCCGGCGUCGCUGCAGCAGCUGCUGCUGGCUGUGGAGAAGUGCGACUUUGCGCAGCAGUCCGAAGGCAUUCAGCGCGCGGCACUUUUUCUAGAGGCGGACUUUGUUCUGCAGCCAGUCGCGUCCCGUGUUGCUGCUGCACUGCAGCAGCAGCUACUGCAGCUGCGGUCGCCGCUGCAGGAGUACCUGCAGCGACUGUCUCUCGCCUCCGGCCAAGUGCUGCGACGGAAAGAAAUAUCCUCUGACGUGUUGCUGCUGCGAUCCCUGCAAGCUGCUCAGCAAGAUGCCAGUCGCAUGUGCGAGCGGGCAGCAGCAGCAGCAGCAGCAGCAGCAGCAGCAGCGGCUGCGGCGGCAGCAGCGGCUCGCGAGAAGGACAGCAUGCUUACAUAA